AGGACUCGACUACAGAAGACGGAUCAACUACUGGCGCCUCAACGACACAAGAAUCGACUACAGGUGCAUCGACUACACAAAAUCCCACAUCAACAGAAGAAUCAACAACGGCAGACCAAUCGACAACAAUUUCCUCAACUACACAACAAUCAACAACAGUUGAGUCAACAUCUAUAGAUGAUUCAACGACAAGACUGUCAACCACACAGCAAUUUUCAACAGACAAGUCGACUACACAACAAUCAACUUCAAGAGAGUCGACAACAAAAGAUUUGACAAGCGAAGAGUUAACUACUAUUAUGUCAACUACAAAGCAAUCAACAACAGAGGACUCGACUACAGGAGACGGAUCAACUACUGGCGCCUCAACGACACAAGAAUCGACUACAAGUGCAUCGACUACACAAAGUCCCACAUCAACAGAGGAAUCAACAACAGCAGACCAAUCGACGACAAUUGCCUCAACUACACAACAAUCAACAACAGUUGAGUCAACAUAUAUAGAUGAUUCAACGACAAGACUGUCAACCACACAGCAAUUUUCUACAGACAAAUCGACUACACAACAAUCAACUUCAAGGGAGUCGACAACAGAAGAUUUGACAAGCGAAGAGUUAACUACUAUUAUGUCAACUACAAAGCAAUCAACAACAGAGGACUCGACUACAGGAGACGGAUCAACUACUGGCGCCUCAACGACACAAGAAUCGACUACAGGUUCAUCGACUACACAAAAUCCUACAUCAACAGAAGAAUCAACAACGGCAGACCAAUCGACGACAAUUGCCUCAACUACACAACAAUCAACAACAGUUGAGUCAACAUCUAUAGAUGAUUCAACGACAAGACUGUCAACCACACAGAAAUUUUCAACAGACAAGUCGACUACACAACAAUCAACUUCAAGAGAGUCGACAACAGAAGAUUUGACAAGCGAAGAGUUAACUACUAUUAUGUCAACUACAAAGCAAUCAACAACAGAGGACUCGACUACAGGAGACGGAUCAACUACUGGCGCCUCAACGACGCAAGAAUCGACUACAGGUGCAUCGACUACACAAAGUCUUACAUCAACAGAGGAAUCAACAACAGCAGACCAAUCGACGACAAUUGCCUCAACUACACAACAAUCAACAACAGUUGAGUCAACAUCUAUAGAUGAUUCAACGACAAGACAGUCAACCACACAGCAAUUUUUUACAGACAAGUCGACUACACAACAAUCAACUUCAAGGGAGUCGACAACAGAAGAUUUAACAAGCGAAGA